AUGGAAACCGAAAGUCAGGGCGAAGAAGCCGAGUUACCCAAGAAACCCAAACGAAGAGCGCCAAGAAAUCCCCAUGGAAACAAUGAGGACACAGUGAAGCACUCCACGAAGGUGAGGAUAACAAACGGAAUCAUAUUGGCUAAGAACAAACCGAGCUAUUGCCUGAAGCGAGGGAUUGGAAGCUUGCAAUACGGGGGCGAAAGCUUGCGCUCCAUCCACAGAAAAAAGCUGUGGCGGCUGUUGAAAAAACUCCUCCAGCGACACAAUUGGGCGGAGGCGAGCGGCGUGCUUAGUGUGCUGCUCAAAGGAACUGGCCACGACCAGUCUCUAUCACGCAAUCGCACCAAGUAUUCGGCUGCCCUGGAGCUUCUCAACUACAUAAAAGGGGAAACUAUCAACCCUAGAAGAAUCCAAAAUCUCUAUGAACUGUGGAUGAAAAAGAUUGGCCGUCUGAAAAAUUGGCCAACGAAGGAUAGGUUUGCUGUCCAAUUGGAAUUUAUUAUUUUCUCUCUCUUGCAUGGAAGGACUGAGGAUGCACAUCAGGCUGCUCUAUGUCUUAUGCAGGAGCGUGGUUUUGAGAGUGACCCAAUCUCAAAUUUGGUUGUUGGCUUGGCAUUUUUCCAGCUCUGGUAUUCUGGUCUUCCAAAGGAGUUACAGUUGACAGAGUUGGACUGUUCUAGUAACUCCUACCAAUCAGAAGUUCCGGACGGAAAUUACAUGUCUAUUGAUAAUUCCGAGGGGCAUGAUGCUCUUGAAGCUGGAGGAGCCAAAUUCUCUUUACAAUGUGAUUCAAACACUUCUAUCGCCAACGACAAAGAAUUGUUGGAAGAUGAUGUUAGCCACCCUAAAGAAUCCAUGGACAUAGAUGAUAAUGAAGUGAAAGACUCUCCUCACUGCAGUUUCCAGCCGCAAGAUUUCUACAAGAAUUCUGCCGAGAAAAGUGGAGAUGAAGAAUAUUCCUUCUCUAAUCAUAGUGGCAAUCUGCUUCGUCCAUCUAUUUUCUACACACGUGGUCUACCUCCAUGGCUACUGCCUUUACAUUUGCCUGACUCUCAUGAAAAUUUGGAGGAUACUUUGUACAAGCACAGGCAAUUGCACAGUGAUCACUAUAAGAAUGCGUUGAAGCACUUACGCGUUGCUCUUUACUCGACACCGCCCGUAAUUGAGGCCUUUCAUCCUUUAAUACAGAUGCUGCUUCUUGGAGAUCUGGUCAACGAGGCCUUUGAUGAACUUGAAAAAUUGUUUCAAAUUUCAGAUACAGCUCUCCAGUUAAGGUUGAAAGCUGCUCUCUUGGAGCAUUUUGAUGGUAAAAACUAUGUGAAACUCUCUACAUGCUUUGAGGACAUCAUGAGGAAGGAUCCAACAUGCAACGACUCAUUGGGUAGACUUCUGGUCAUGCAUCAACGGGGGUAUUAUGACACUGAAAAACUGGCAGAAAUGAUAGCGUUACACUUAGAUGCUACAUAUGCAAAAUGCGAUGUGUGGAAGGAGUUAGCAUCUUGCUUCUUGAACCUUUGUCAGUGUGCAGAAGAUAGAAUGUCUGCAUGUUAUAAUGGCGACAAUGGGCAAAAUCAAAUUCACCUGGAUCAUUCUAACCAGAUUCCGGCAAUUUUUACCAACAGUGAAUCCGGGAAAAAUUGGAGGCUCCGUUGCAGAUGGUGGCUUAGUCGCCAUUUCAGUCAUAACAUCCUUGCCUCGGAUAUUGCUUCUGGUGAUUUGGAGCUUUUGACUUACAAAGCAGCCGCAGCGUCGCAUCUUUACGGACGGGAAUUUAAGUUUGUUGUAAAGGCUGCUGAGUGUUUGGAGAAGGAAAAUAAUGUGGAGCUUUCUUCUUUCUUACAGAGGCAUAUUCUGAAUUCUGUUGGUUUUUAUUUUAAUGCGAAAAUAAUUAAUUAA